GUCUCAUUGUUUCCUUUUGCCGCAGUGGAGGCUUCCUGGAGCAGGAAGUGACAGGAAAUAGCAAUAAUUGUGCGUCACAUGCACGCACUCUUGCACAGGUGCGCAUACUAAGAUGGCAGCUCUCAACCAGCCUAGGGUUACACUCUGGAGGCUGCCGGUGUGAAGUGGACUUUCUGUUUGCCUUUACGGCCUUUGAGGGCUGCCAUGUCACAUGGCGUUCACACUCAGCUGACCCUCCAGUGAUCACAUGGUGUCUCUGAUGCGAUCACAUGUAGGAAGUAGCUGCUUGCCUGACAGGAAGAAGCUUUUAGACGCCGCCUUCAUUCACUCUUGUCAUCAAAUCAACAUCGUCUCACUUCCUGCUCACAAAGGAACCACAGCCUGCUGGAACCAGAUUGGCCCCUUGAUGCCACACUUCCUGACAGGAAGUCGUUGAAAAGGCACAGUGACUGUCGGUGUGAAGCCGCUUGAUGAUCGCUGAUGGUGUGUGCUCCGCCAUGUUUGGCUCGGUCCAGAGGCCCAGAACGACUAAGCGUCGGUGCCUGUUCAGGAGGGCGCCUUCGCAUCAGCCAUUGGAAACCUAUCUGCUGACAAAAUGUGCCAAGAUGGCUGCCGCAGAAUGUGAAGAGCCGAGCACAGAGCCACUAAGGUUGAGCCAGCGUGACGGUCUUCUCCCAGCGGGAACCGAACAUCUGCGCACUAUACUGAACGUUCUUCAUAUAGAGCACGCUACUUCCUGUGUCCUGGAAAUGAUGCUACUCCAGAAGGCACAGCCAGACCCAAACCAACAAUCCAUCUGGCGCUUCUGGCAAAGGACUAGCAGAAGUGUGGACCUUGAUGAAGGAAUGUCUGAUGUCAAGGGUCCUCCGGCCCACCGCCUCUCGUGUGGCCAGAGUCCAUAUUUAGACGGUGCCAUGUGGGAGAAGAAGUUGUGCUUGUUGACGGACAGCCAGCUCCUUAUAGUCAGCAAGGAUGAGCAGAAUGAGGCCCAGGAGAAGACAUCGGACGCAGCAAAGGCUCGCAGCCUACGUAGGACCGUCAGUGUCCCCUCGGAGGGACAGUUCCCUGACUUUCAGCCAGAGGGCCCCAUCAAGUUAGAAGCGUCGUCUGAGCCAUCUCCGAGGAGACGCAGUCUCUCUGGUCUGGCGAGCUCAGAGAGGAGUGUCCCUGUGGACAGUCCAAGUUCAUCUCCCUUCAAAGUGCCUGGCUUCUUCAGCAAGCGUCUCAAAGGUUCCGUCAAGCGAGUGAAGAGUCACAACAAAGCGGACAGGAACGCCAGCUUCAGACUUCCUGUUCUGCGACCUGUUGACACCGACAGGACACGUGGACCGUCCCGGGUGAAGGCGUGGACAUCUCACGAGUCGCUGAGCCCCGAAGGAGCGUUGGAGGCGUUGGAUCUCAACAUGGAGGACGAAGUGAUAGUCAAGCCUGUGCACAGCAGCAUUCUGGGUCAGGACUUCUGCUUCGAGGUGACCCACUCAGGUGGCACCAAGUGCUUCAGCUGCCCAUCGUCGACGGAGCGAGACAAGUGGAUGGAGAACCUAAGGAGAAUCGUCCAGCCCAACAAGGACAACUGUCGCAGGGCGGAGCAUCUUCUUCGGCUGUGGAUCAUUGAGGCGAAAGACCUGCCCCCCAAAAAGAAGUACUUCUGCGAGCUGUGUUUGGAUGACGUCCUGUAUGCCCGCACCACCAGCAAGCCUCGCCAAGAUGGCCUCUUUUGGGGAGAGUACUUCCACCUGGCUGACCUGCCCGCCGUGCACAGCAUCACUGUGCACGUGUACCGCGACGUGGAUCGGAAGAAGAAGAAAGACAAAAAUAACUACGUCGGGCUGGUCAAUAUUCCUUUGGCCAGCGUGACGGGGCGGCAGUUUGUGGAGAGGUGGUACCCCUUAAGCACACCCACCGCCGCCAAGGCCAAAGGGGGCGGGCCUUCCCUCCGCAUCAAGUCGCGCUUCCAGACCAUCGCCAUCCUCCCCAUGGAGCAGUACAAGGAGUUCGCCGAGUUCGUCACCAACGAUUACAGCACGCUGUGCUCCGUGCUGGAGCCCGUCAUCAGCGUCAAGAACAAGGAGGAAAUGGCUGCCGCCCUCGUGCACAUCCUGCACAGCACGGGGAAGGCUAAGGACUUCCUGACCGACUUGGUGAUGUCAGAGGUGGACCGCUGUGCCGACCACCAGGUCCUCAUCUUCCGGGAGAACACGCUGGCGACCAAAGCCAUCGAGGAGUUCCUCAAACUGGUCGGACAUGCCUACCUGCACGACGCGCUUGGUGAGUUCAUCCGAGCCUUGUACGAGUCAGACGAGAACUGCGAGGUGGAUCCAAGUCGAUGUUCUAGCGGCAGUUUGUCCGAGCAUCAAAGCAACUUGAAGAUGUGCUGCGAGUUGGCGUUUUGCAAGAUCAUCAACUCCCACUGCGUGUUCCCUCGCGAGUUGAAGGAAGUGUUCGCGGCGUGGACACAGCAGUGCGCGGCUCGCGGCCACCAGCAGGACAUCAGCAAGCGUUUGAUCAGCGCCUCGCUCUUCCUGCGCUUCCUGUGUCCCGCCAUCAUGUCGCCGUCGCUGUUCCAGCUCAUGCAGGAAUAUCCCGAUGAGCGCACGUCUCGAACCCUCACUCUCAUUGCCAAAGUCAUCCAGAACCUGGCCAACUUCGCCAAGUUCGGGACCAAGGAAGAGUACAUGUCCUUCAUGAACGACUUCUUAGAGCACGAGUGGGCGGGAAUGAUGCGUUUCCUGACGGAGAUCUCCAACGCCGAGACGCUGUCCAGCACGCCGGGCUUCGAGGGUUACGUGGACCUCGGCCGAGAGCUGUCCCUGCUUCACGCUCUCCUGUGGGAUGUGGUCUCUCAGCUGGACAAGCGUGAAAAUUCCUUCCUGCAGGCCACCGUCGCCAAGCUGGGCCCAUUGCCGAGAAUUUUGGGAGACAUCUCUCGCAGCCUGGCGGCCCCCACGCCCAUUCAGCAGCAGCUGCGCCCUUUCCAGGACCACCAUAGCUCCGCCCACAACAUGAGCGGUAGUCUGUCCUCGGGCCUGCAGCGAAUCUUCGAGGACCCGUCAGACAGCCGAUGUCCUGGUGGCGAGUUGGCGAAGGUCGUCGUUCGAGGGUCUCGCUCCCCUCCGGCCCAGCAGAAACUUUGCAGUGCCGCCGGUUUUUUGGACCAGGAGGAGCGAGACGAGACGCUGGCGGGUGGCCGCAGCGUCUCUAUGGUGGACCUGCAGGACGCUCAGCGGACGCCUGAGGCCCCGCCCCAUCUCAACAGGGCAGGCUCCCAGGCCUCAGUUGCAACCGCAAACCCCCCCCAGUUAGCGGCGCAACAAAGCAAAGCUCCACCCAGAGACGCUCAGCCGCAGAGCGCGCCGCAGACCAGGCGUCCGCUGCAGCCGCCAGUAAAGCAUCAACGCAGCCUGCAGCCGCUUUCCUUCCAGAACCCUGUCUACCACCUGAGCAACCCUGCCCACUCCGCGUCCAGCUCGGAGAACCUGAGCAGCGGAAGCUCGGACGGCAGCCGGCAGGGGGUGAAAGGUCAAGUGGCGUCCGACAGCAGCCUUGACGGGUCAGGCAGCAAACGCAGCGCUCGCAGCUCCACGCUGUGCUGCCAUGGGCCUCCUGAGCUCCCGCCGUGCGCCAUGACAGCAAUCGCCAUCCCUCGACAGGGCAUGGCAACGACGGGCACCGCCCACAUUGUGAAGGUGGAGCAACAGAGCCGGGGAAGGGGCGGGACCAAGACACAAUGCACCUCACGCCGUAGCAGCAGCGCCACCACCACAGAGCUUACGCCGACAGCCAAUCCAGCGUCCCCCUGCUGCGCGGAUGCCGUUGCCCCGCCUCUGAGAGACGGCACCAAGCAGCAGGCAGCGUCCCCGGUGGAGACGGAGGCGGCAGCAGCAGCCAUGUCUCCUGUGGAGAGGACGGCAGCUUGGGUGCUCAGCAACGGUCAAUUCCAGGAGGACCGCCAUGAUGGCGAGGAUGAAGGGGGGCGGAACCGUGAGGAGGGCAAGAACUCUGAGAAGUACGAGCUGGAGAUAUGGCGGCUGAAAGAGCGCCUGCGGGUGUCGGGGCAGCGCCUGGGAGAGUACGAGCGGCGUCUGGUCGCCCAGGAACUCUCCAUGAAGACGCUCCUCCUCGACUACAAGUCACGCCUUGACGACAGCGAAGAGCGACUCAGGCGUCAGCAAGAAGAGAAGGACGUGCAGAUGAAGAACAUCCUCUGCAGGUUGAUGGCGGUGGAGGAGGAGCUAAAGCGUGACCACGCAGAGAUGCAAGAAGUUAUUGAAGCUAAACAGGAAGUCAUUGAUGCUCAGGUCAGUAACGGAGGCAAAAUAAACAAAGCAGGAGAAGCGGAUCUGCUCGCUGGACGCUACAAACUCACGUCUAAUGGCGGCGCUGACACAAGUGAAGGAGCGCUACAGCUCGGGGAACCUCCGCAAUGGCUUGUCGCCCGGCAACCCCACCAAGCUGUCAAUCACCGAGAACGGAGAGUUCAAGAACAGCAGCUGCUGAUUGGCCAACCACAGGGGGAGGAUGAAGUUUAGCAUGUAAAUACUGCAGGGUUGUGUGUAAAAAUGUUUUCUAACUUUUUUUAAUGUUUGAAGUGGAGAUGUUUUUAUGGGAUUAUUUCUUAGUUGUAAUUUAUUUCUCCACUUCCCGUUGAGCUACUGAAGACACUCCAAUGUUUGCUGUUCACAAUAAAAGCUGCUA